AAAAAUUGUAGCCGACUGUAACGGCCGGUGCCGUAAAGCAAGGCGCAGUCGGCGCGACAGGCGGGAAGGCCCCUUUGCUAGGUGGCUGGCCAACCCCAAGCGAAGAUGGCGGCGGGGGAGGCGAAGUCGGUGCUGUUCGUGUGCCUGGGAAACAUUUGUCGCUCUCCAAUAGCUGAAGCAGUUUUCAGAAAACUUGUAACUGAUGAAAAACUUGAAAGUAAGUGGAUGACAGACAGUGCUGCUGUUUCAGACUGGAACGUGGGGCGCUCCCCAGAUGCAAGGGCUUUAAGCUGUCUAAGAAAUCAUGGCAUUGAGACAGCACAUAAAGCACGGCAGGUUACAAAGGAGGAUUUCCAGACCUUUGAUUAUAUACUUUGUAUGGAUGAGAGCAAUCUAAGAGAUCUGAAAAGGAAAGGCAACCAAGUUAAAGACUGCAAGGCCAAAAUUGAACUACUUGGAAGUUAUGAUCCACAGAAACAACUUAUCAUUGAAGAUCCAUACUAUGGGAAUGAAAAGGACUUUGAAACUGUUUACGAGCAGUGUGUUAGAUGCUGUAAAGCAUUUUUGGAGAAACCUCAUUAAUGCUUCAUCAUUUUAUUUCUAAAAGAAAAUAAUUAAGUUCUCCUGAAAUACGUAAGGUUUACUUGAUUCAUGUAUUUAAAUUGCAAAACUAUUCCUCAGUAGGUUCAAAACUUUUUCAUUUUAUGUUUCAGCUUUUCUGUCAUCUAAUUAAAAAAAUAUAGAAAAGUUUUAUUUGGAUUAGAUGAUAAACCAUUUUGUCACACAUCAAUGUAAUAAUAAAGUCUAUAAUUCAGAAUAAAUUUACCUGUAAACUCUUCCAGUGCUUUCUCACAAGCACUGCGGAAGUAGCAUCUUGCUUCUUUCUGUGCUGCCCUAACUAAACGGAGGUCUUCUCAUUGUGCCCUUAGUGAAUUAAGUUAAAUAAACUUUCAGUGGGGGUCUGCGAGAUAAUAGUUCAUGUAUGAUAACUUAAGCGUGUCAUCCUAGUGUCAUUAGACAGCCUUUGGACUGAAGCUGUUUCGUAUUCAGCUUGCCAGGCUAAAAGAACUGCCUGCCGCUGGACAGGCAUUGCUCUUAGCGCUAUUUCAAAGCUUAAACAAGCAAAAGCCUCUGCGUGUGUCAUCAGGAUCCUGUGAAAACGUGGUUUUAUAUCAGUUUCAAUGCUCAGUUAUUCAAAGAAGAAAUAAUUUUUGUUCUAGUACAUUUUUAUACUAAUUAACCUCUUAAUUCAGAAGUAGUGAUUGAUAUUAGUAGGACUUCUCUGGCUCGUCUUCCUGUCUUCAGUUCCUAGCACACUGAUACAAGUACAUGUAACAUAGCAUUUCCUUUGAGGACAAAACAGGUCAUCUUAAAAGCCUAAAUGUGAAAUGUACAUUUUGUAUCUCAUGGUAGUAAAAUAUGCAAAUCCAUGCCAUAAUGUGAGUUCCUAUGUGCGUGUCAGACAGUAUUUUCAGAUUUACUCAGGAGAAUGUCAAAAGUGUUCUCUUAGACUAUAGUUCAACCUGAAGUCAGUCCCUCUGUAAUACAAUACAAAGUUAACAGAAGGCCAGUAAGUAGAAUGGUCUGCUCUUGUACAAAAAUUUAUUGCUUUGUAAAAAUCCAUGCCUGUUUGUCUGAAUGUCAGCUUUUAUUUCUGCCUUACGUAACAUAAAUGUACUGAGAUCAGUGAUGUAACCAAUACCAUGAUAACUUUCCUAUUUUGAAUUAUACCAACAUUGGUAUGAACUACCAUUACCACAUUAUCUGUAAAACUGGAUCUAUAAAAUUUGCUUUCUUAUUUA